ACGGUUAACUAUUAACUGUGUGUCACUUACGGCUAAUACAAAUGUCAGUCACGAGGAUUUACGGUAUUUUGUGGCAAAAAUACAACGUCAUAAUUGAUAACGAUAACCACAACUUAGUUUGGUUGAAAAAAGUUCAAAAAAAAAAAACCCUUCAUUUUUGGUCAUUGUAGCAUGCGACCAAUCAUGGGAAAGAAAACAACUGAUGUUCACGUCACAGGUUAUAUUGAGAUCAUCUUUCAGGGGCUUGACAGGACGGUGAAACAAGUGGCUGUGAAUGGAUGGAACUGCACGUCUGAAGUCGAUGUCAGCUGCUAGAAGCUACGACCACCACAGACCGACACUCAUCAGUGUUAGACCCACAAGUCAAGUUUCCUCUUAUUCUUGAGCCUUCAAACAAUGGAUACACUAAACCGGUCUGACUCGGACAGUGACUUCAUGUGUAGUUGCUGUUAUGAGCUGAUGGUUGAUCCUACCACACUUGUGUGUGGACACAACCUAUGCCGUGUGUGCCUGGCCCGCUGGUUCCUCACCUCUAACAAGAAAGAGUGCCCAACAUGUCGCCAGGAGUGGCAGGGACACCCCAAGAUCAACACAGCACUCAGAAACAUGAUGAAGAAGAUAUAUGAAGAGAAAAUGCUGGAGCGAGAAGCGGAAGUUAUGAAUAUAGAGAAUAUAGGCAAGGUUCAGGAAUUUGACCGUCGUCUGUCCGGGACAGGGAGCCAGCUACAGAGAGUAAACCCAGGGGAGUUCUGUAAGGGGAUCGUCAUAACCCUGGGGGUCAUCCUGAUAGCGUACUUGGUUUGGUUCUGGAGGCAUUCUGAUGACGACCUCCUCAUCCACAAGCCCGUUGUGCGGUGGAAGCCAGAUGAUGUGGCAACAUGGCUGACACACAUGGGCUGGGCAGAAGGAUAUGCUGAUGCGGUCCACCAGAAGGGCAUCGAUGGUGCAGUGCUCCUCUCCCUGGAUGAGGAGAAUAUUGGUGAGGUGCUGAAUGUGACGAAUCCCCUCCAUGAGAGGGCUCUGGUCAUUGCUAUAGAGGAUGUCCGGCUGAAGGGGGUCAAGAUGCCAUCUACUCUGUGGGAGUAUAAGGCGCUGUACCCUGGUCGCUGUUUGUUCCUGUUGUAUGGCAUGAAAGACUUCCCUCGGACAACACUGCUGUAUCUAUUCCUGUUCUACCAUGAGGAAAUCUUCCUGCCCUUCCUCCAUCUCACUACCCCAGCACAGGAUGAGGACAUGCCCUUCAGGUGGUCUCAGAUUCCUCCCCCAACUAAACAACAGUGGGUGGUAUUUCUGAGUAAUGCCGUCCUCCUCCCCUAUUGGCUAAUUGCCAAGCUGACAUGGUCACUGUUUGGUGCGCAGUUCUGGACAUCUUUCUUCAUCCUCUUUAGCUGUGCCUUCCUCUCCAUGCAAGAGGCUUCCUUACUUAAACAGUACAUCCUGCUCCGACAGUUUGGCUCAACAUGGAAGAACUUAAAGGACUUUUGUAAGACAUUAUUGACUGUGUUUCUAACUUCCAUUGCCUGGCCCAUCAUACCCAGAGUGGUGUGUGACUUCUUCUUCUACGCAUCGCUGUACUUCACCCCAUUACAACAAGCUAAACACUUCUACUUGUCCUGGAGGAACAACCAACGCUUGUGAGAACCAAGUCAGCACAAGCUUGGACAGAGAUCUGAGGGAGUCCGCAGGAGCCAACAAAAGUUUUAAGUCAUUUAGAGUGAAUGGUUUUCUUGGCUCAUAUUUGACCUGAUCGACAGCAUUUAUGACUGAUCCAGAAUAAAAACAACACAAACUAAUCUUAACUAUAUGACCUUUUUUAAUAUGUGUUUUUCUCAGUAUUUGGUGUUUUGGCCGGGCUAGGGUACAACCAUGGUGGCUGGAUCAACUGGGUUUGUCCUGGAAAAGCCCAUCCAAUAGUUAAUGCUGUAACUACAGGUGUUGCUGUUAGUUACAUCUGCACCAUUAAUGCCUGUCAAUAAGUCAUUUCCUUUGUCGUUGGCGCACCAGGGAGUGGUGGUUAAUAGGGUUUAACUCCCGAUCAUUUAUGUAAAUAUUGUCUGUAAAGUUUGUUAGUGUUGGUAUGUAAGCACUAUGGAGACAGCAGAGCAGCGUCAUGCUAAAUGAUCAGUUACUGGUUAACAAAGGCUGGCAUUCCAUCACUGACAGCCGUGCUCCUGACACGUCGUGGCAGGGACAAUGGCUUUCAUACAUAUUUAUUGCCCACAGGGUAGUAAUUUUCCUGUAAAUCCCUGGGGAUGUUACACCUUUUUGGUGAACUUUGAUUGGCUUAAGCCUAAUAACACGCAUAGGCAUAUGGGGACUCCCCACAUCGCUGGUUUCCUUAUAGAGAAACUAUUUAGUGCUUUUUUAGAUUGAAACCUUAUAUGGGUAAUAAAAACAAUGACCAACUUGUGAUGUGGAAUGACAGAUUAUCUUUCCCUUGUUAUAUUAAUUAUGUAAUUCUCCUACCAAGGCUUUAGAAUUGCGUAAUAAUAACUCGAAAAGAUAAUCUAUCAUUCUCCAUCACUUGUUAGUUAUUGUCCAAAUCCCAACUGGGAUUUUUUGAUGUAUACAGCCUUCUUUAUGCCCACUAGGCUACCCGACCAUUUGAGGUACCAUGUAUAUAGUACAGCUUGUAACGACUUCCUACAAAGUGUGUUGUAUAUAAGUGUCGUGGUUGAAAUGAAGAUUUUAUAGACCAGAU